AUGCCGCUCCACCUGCUGCUCCUCCUCCUGCUCCUGCCGUCCGCCGCCGUGGCCGGCAAGGCCCGUCAGUCCUCCUCCUUCGCCCUCGAUUUCUUCCCUGGCGACGGCGCCAUCGCGCAGCUCGCUCUCACCGGCGCCAAUGCCACCUCCGCCGGCGACAUCUCCAUGCGCUCCCCGCGCGCCCGGGUACAGUACCACAAACCCAUUCACUUCGCCCCCGCCGCCGCCGGCUUCUCCACCUACUUCUCCUUCUCUCUCCACCCUAUCCCCAAAUCUCACGCCGCCUCCAUCGCCUUCUUCCUAACGCCCGCCGCGCCCGCGCCCUCGCCCUCACCCGCCGUUAACGCCCUCGCCCUCGCCAUCGUCUUCGCCGCCGCGGACUCCAGCCACAUCCGAGUCCAAAUCGACCUCGCCGGUGAAACGGCCGCCCAGACCGCCCCCCGCGGCAUCCCCAAAAAGCUGCAUUCAUGGAUAGACUACAACGCCACAUCCGCCACGCUUCAGGUCCGUCUCUCUGCCUCGCGCCUCCCCAAGCCGCCGCACGCGCUGCUCUCCCACCCGCUCCAUCUCCACUCCGCCCUCCUCCUCCAUCUCCUCCGCAGCAAGCCCAUGCUCGCCGGAUUCGCUUCCUCCCACGCCAACUGCAGCCUCUUCAGCUGGGCCUUCAGGGCCAACCACGGGCCUCCCUACCUCAUGCACUCCCAGCCACUCAAUCCCACCGGCUUAUCGCUCACCACGCCGCCGCCAGACCGCCUCCUCCGCGCUCCCCCGGGCAACCGCUACCCCUGGGCUUCGCUGCUGUUGGCGGCAGCGUGCGGCGCCGUCUUCACAUUCGUCGUGCUCUUCGUCUGGUACUCCAUGGGGAAGCGCCGGCCGGUCGCGCCGGUGGAGUACCCCAUGCACCCGUCCUCCUCCGACAUCGUCUACGAGAAGAUUGUGCUGGUCGGAGUCAAGGACCUCCCUGCCGAUGUCACCGCAGCUGCUCACAAGUAG